AUGUACCACAUACAGUGCCCACAUGACCGGUCGUCGUUCGCGAGUUUGGUACACAUUCUGGCUAGCCUCGACCUACACGGCGCUCUCGAGCCUCUCCGUUCCCACGGGAUUCGGUCCGCAGAAAACCUGGAGAACACCCCUAAAGCCCAGCUCCGGUCUUGGAUCGGCGACCCUGCUAUCGACAAACUUUUCAAUCGGUCGGUGGCCAGGCCAAGGACCCGUUCGGAUGCCCCAGUUGUGCACCCAUAUCAGCGGGGUUCGCGAGUCGUGGCCGCGGCCGUUCAAGGCGAGACCGCCUUGGAACAAGCAGACAAAGCCUUUCAGGAGGACAAGUUCGCAAGGAGCUCGAGGGGCCCUCGGGAAUCCCGCUGGAAGCUAUGGUGCUCCCUGGCGGAACAGAGAGGCCUUCCCCCUCUGCCGAUUACAGUCGACCUUAUUGAUAAGAUCGGGGCACUUUUCAAGCAGGCGCGAUACAGGUCGGCAGCGCAGUACUACAGUGUCGCGAAGUCCGAGCACAGGGCACAAGGUUACGAGUGGUCGCCUUCGUUGGACCACGCGGUUGCGCAGGCUGUUCGCUCAAUCACCAGAGGCAUGGGCCCUUCGGCAGCCAAGCUUGAUUUUCCCCUGGAGUCCUGUUCGAGGAGCCUCGAAUUGGACAUCGAACGGGCGUACGUGUCCCUUCAGGUGCCCACGGGGUCGAGAAUCGAAGCCCCGGCCGACACCGGCAUCGUGGCAGCAUGGUUCCUUCUCCGGGGCCUUGAGAUUUCCUCCGUCGUGUGUGAAGACGUUAGUUUCUCAAAAGAAGGACUGGUUAAGCUGUCGCUGCCAGUGUCAAAGAAUGAUGCAGCAGCCCGCGGGUGUUCGAGGACUCAUGCGUGCAUAUGUUCGCGCCAACAUGACCCAGGCUGCAACAAGUCAGGCGACGAGGCCUUGCUUUUUACUCCUUUGCAACAGUGCUCCUGUUCGCUGGGGCGUCACCCCUUGUGCCCCUACCACGCGGCGUUGCGCUGUGCAAUCAGACUUCGCAAAGCAGGUCGCUGGGAGCCUAAAGCGCCGUUCUUUGGCGAUGGAGAGGGCCCCCCUACCAAAGCACAGGUGGUUUGGCUGGCUAGAGUGUUCGCUUGGGUUCUCUGCGAAGGCGACCUCAGAGACUGGCCGAGACAGGUCGUGCAGCGCUGGGCCCAACAUGCAUUCAGGGUGGCGGGCGCCCAACUGUUCGCUCGAGCAGACCUCGAUCUACACGUCAUUAUGCUCAUUGGUCGCUGGGGCAGUGCAGCGAUUUGUCGCUACGUUCAAGAGGCAGCCUUGGCCAACCCAGCUAGAGCGGCACAAGCUGUCGCAGAUCGCACCUCAGUCCUUCCCUCGAGUUCGCAGACACCCCGCUCCUCUCGACUUGCACUACUCCCAGCCGCCCUUGACCAGGUUCGCGCGGCUUUCGAUACUGUCCAGUCUGUUUUCCUGAAGAGAGUUCGGUUUCAGCACUGGUCGCAUCCAGGAAUCAGUCCCACGAAGAUUCAGGCUCAUCCUCCUCCUCGUCUUGAGGUAGCCAAGGCCAUGGUCGCGCCAGUGCCGUUUCAGACUUUGUGUGAUCAGGCAGCCGUCCACCCGACAGUGAGGCUCCUCUUCAAGGCAAAAGGAGUCGACGUCCCCGGCGUCCUGCACCACCUGUUCGCUGACAGAGACAAGGUGGCCGCCUUCCUCGACCCACUUCGCGCGGGCAUCGAGAUCGAUGGCACUACCAGACGCAGGUCCGCGGAGGAGCUCUUGAUCGAUCAGGCCACGAUCUUGGAGUUGCUCGACGUCAUCGCUGCCAGCAAGGCCGCAGCAGCCCCGGCCUCAGCUCCGACGCCGGCCGCAACCACAGCGUCGGCAGGUUCGUCAGAAAAGUCGCAGGAACUGCCGGCCGGCUACUGGAACGACUUCGUGACGGAUUACGAAUCCACAGUGGUCGACGGGAGGAACCGCAGGUUCCCGGCACACUUGCUCCUGGGGGCAGAGAAGACACUUGGCCGCAUGGUCGCCGAGAAAAAGUCCGGCCUGUUCACUGCCCUACCCCUGGGAGAGAUGUCGACCAAGCUGUUCGCGGCAGAAGACGGCACCUUGGCCAAGGUGACUCGAGGGAUACCCGAGCCGCAGCGCAUGGUCACCAUGAUCGACGCAUUCGAGGCCUGCAAGUUCGCGUUUAUGUUCGCUCGUUGGGGGCCGAACGCCGAGGUCUCUGACUACUUCGACUUCUGGGAGGACCUCACCCGCGACAACGCCAGCAGGUUUCGCCCAGAUACGCCAGUUUUGGAAGAAGGCGUCGUGGGAAAUGGCCAUGGCUCUGCGCUCAGGGAAGACGUUCUCACAGGCCGCGGCGGAGGUGACCAGCCCGCAGGCCAAACAAGACGCGAUGAGCAGGCGUCGAUGUCUCACGUGACUCCGCCUCUGCCACCCGUGCAACACGCGUCGCAGCCUCAGGCGUCGCAGCCUCAUGUGGCUCCGCCUGGAACCGGACCGCAGCCUCUGGCCACCCCAGUGCCACCACAGUCACAGCAACCUCGCUUCCCGGUCGCAGUUCUCAGCUUCUUUGACGGUAUAGCCACUGCUCUGCACGCCAUUAAGAGCUGGGCUAUACGGCCGGUGCUUUCAUGGUCUUGGGAACUCGACCCAGAUGCCAUCAAGGUCGCUUCAUCUCAACACCCAGAGAUGAUUCACCACGGCGACGUCUUUGGCCGCAAACCUCACGAUGUUUUGGCUGCCUUGUCUGCCUCAGUUCCCAAAGACACCGUGGUCUUAGUGUUCGCAGCCCCUCCGUGUCACGACUUUUCCCGGAUCCGGAGCGAUCCACCAGGUACGCACGGGCACGAAGGCUCUAAGGUACUGUUCCUGGUCGAGAACGUACACAUGUCCGCCUCACAGCAACGAGAACUGGACGAUGCCCUCGGGUGUCGUGCGUUCGCUUGCGAUGCUGCCAGCUGGGGUGUUGUGUCUCGACCGAGACUUUGGUGGUCGAACGUGGUCAACCCACCUCCAGAGAAUGUUCGCGAACCGCCAGUCAUCCUAGGAGGUCAGGCCAGGUGGCGGCGACUCAACAGACACUGGGAGAUCUUACCCAACAGCACCCUCUUCCCCCGACAGGUCGCGCAAUCCUGUCCCUUCGCGUCCUUCAGCGAAGAAGUCAGCUCAGGUCGCAUUAGGUUUCCUUGCUUGACGACACCGGCAGAAGGGACACAGGGUCGCGAACCUCCAGGCAAGAAACGCCGCUCUGAGAGCCCGGGAACCAUGGAGCGCUGGAAAUCAGCCAACCGCUCUUACCCUCCGUGGCAGUUCCGCACACACGCCUUGGUGCAGGUCGCCGGUAAGAAGGACUUGCCAGACCCAGCCACACGUGAGUGGCUCCAGCUUCUCCCAAGCGGGUACACAGCGUCCGUGUCGCCUCAAGCCAGAGCGAGGUUGCUCGGUAACGCUUGGCACGCCGGAGUAGCCAGACUCCUCGUGCUCCUGGUGUUGUGUCAGGCCGGAGUCGUUGACGCACACCCCGUUCGUGCCGAAGAGUGGUACGCUACAGUGCCAGACCCGUGCUUCCAGGUUCGCUGGCAUCCAGACGGGAGCCGGCCUUUGCAACGGGUCGCUUCCUGGUGGUUACGAUCGGCCCUUUCAUGGGAUCCUAACGAGACCCAACCGAGCGACCUCAGGUCGCCGGGCGCAGGCGCCAAAGCACACGUUCGGUGGGCCCAACAGCUGACUUACGCACACGUUUUCCCAGCACCCCUCAACCCCUGCCUAGCAUGGACCUUCCAGGUGCAAUCAAGGUUAGGCCUCAAGGUUGUGCAGGUCCGCGAGUCAGUACUGCAAGAUCUUCAGGCAUUGGUCGCAGAACUGCGAGAGGACCAAGUUGAGGCACUCCAGUCCCUUCCAGCUCACGUGGCCGCGGUCUACAGACAGGGUUCGCCACAACUCCGGUUCCAGCUCCUUCCUCUAGCGUGGCUGCUCGAGCUUUGUCAGUUCCCUGGCCGCUCAGAGCUCCUCACAGAGCUGUUUUGGGGUUUUCGUUUGCUAGGCCCGGUGGUUCGCGGUUCAGGGUGGCUCAACAGGGACGACGCUAAGUAUGCACGUCCCCUCUCUAAGCAAGACUUUCUUGUCGCCAACAGACAACUCGCAAAGACAUUAGGAGAACCCUCCGCUCAGCCAGAGCACCACGAAGUGAUGAUCGCCGAGCUUGAGAAAGAACAACAGUUGGGUCGCGUGCAGGGUCCGUUGCCUCUGUCCCUCCUUGGGGAGAAGCAAGAGCCAGCGUCAGUCCAGGUCGCAAGAGGUUUCGCCGUGGUGCAGAACGACAAAGUUCGCCGAGCAGACGAUUGGCUCAGGUCGAUGCACAACAGCACCAUCUCAGCCGUUGAUACGCCACCGUACCUCGGCGGCCCAACCGUGGUCGGGGGAGUUCUGCAGUGCUCCGAGACGUUCGAUGAACCAGUGCUUCUGGGCGCCAUAGAUCACGAAGGUGCAUACAGAUCGCUGCCGGUUCGCGAGCCCACAGAGUGUGGACUGGUGAUGCCUGGAGCGUCUCCAAGCCUUUGGGUUCACAACGCACUUCCCUUCGGGUCGGUAGGUUCAGUCUGGGCCUACCUUCGGGUCGCCGACGUCGUCUCCUUCCUGACCAUAUCGCUGCUCUUGAUGUUUGCUGCACACUACGUCGACGACUUCUUUUCCCUGGAACGGUUCAGGACGGCGAUAUCCGGGUUCGCAGUUUUCCAGGCAUUUCACCGGGUGCUUGGCUUUCGCAUGAAGGAGGAGAAGUCAAAAGAACCCCGGUUCGCUCAGACACUGCUAGGCAUAGAAUGGACGCUGACCGCAGAAGCGAUUUUCGCCUCUCCGGGAGCUCGCCGAGUCGCCAAGUUGGUGGAGACGAUCGCUGACUUCCUGGCGUCAGGUCGCAUGUCGGCCUCAGAGUGCUCCCAACUAACAGGCAAGUUGUGCUUUACUUGCACGUGGGUUUUCAACCACGUAGGCCGGAUGCUGCUUCAGCCCCUUUACCAUCGUCAGCAUAACGGUCCGCCUGGGUCGAGUCCGCUGACUCCCAGGCUGCAACAGGCACUUCAUCAGCUCAGAGACCUUUUGCCUAGGCUGCAACCCCGACGGUUCGCAAUAGCCCCGCAAGAAUGCCGACGACCAGUCGCGCACUUGUAUGCUGAUGCAUUCCUGACGAUACACGGAGUGCGUCGUGUUGCAAACAAGUGGCUGCCGGCUCUCAGUUUCGUUCCACAGAGUCUCGAGCGAAGAGAAUGUCUCCGACGGCAUCUCCAGAGGCGAUCUUAG